GUUUUCGCUGCGCUCGCCGUUCCGCGUGGAGGCGUUUUCGAAAAGUUGUUUCGUCACAGGCCCGGUCGGUCAGUCGGUCAGUCCGCCGCCGCCGCCGCCGCCGCCGCGAGGGAGGGAGAGGAGAGAUCGCCGGAGGGGAUGGCGGCGGGGGCGAGCUUCGGGCUGAUGGACAAGGCCUACUUCGUGGGGCGGGGCGAGAUCCUCAGCUGGGUCAAUGCCACGCUGCAGCUCUCCCUCAACAAGGUCGAGGAGGCGGCGUCGGGGGCGGUGCAGUGCCAGCUGCUGGACAUGGUUCACCCUGGAUUGGUGCCGAUGCACAAGGUGAAUUUCGAUGCCAAGACGGAGUACGACAUGAUCCAGAACUACAAGAUUCUCCAGGACGUGUUCAACAAGCUGCGGAUAGGCAAGAAUAUUGAGGUCAACAAACUUGUUAAAGGACGGCCAUUGGACAACUUGGAGUUUCUGCAAUGGUUGAAAAGAUAUUGUGAUUCUGUGAAUGGUGGAAUCAUGAAUGAAAACUACAAUCCUGUAGAAAGGAGGUCCAAGGGUUGCAAAGAGCGCAGUCACAAGGGUUCCAACAAGCCAUCCAAAUCACUUCAAGCCAACAGAUUAUCUAGUGCUAACUCAGCAGAUGGAGGUGCCCUGAAUUCUAAUAUUGAUCUUGCUUCUCCUAUUGGAAAAGUCUGUAAUGCUAUUAACGAAGAGCAUUACAUGGAGCAGAUUCAACAAUUAUCAGAGAAGAUUGCAGAUCUGAAGGUUUCUGUGGACAACACUGAGAAGGAAAGAGACUUCUACUUCUCAAAGUUGCGUGACAUCGAGAUAUUAUGUCAAAGACCUGAGUUGGAGCAUCUACCGAUGACCAAAGGGAUAAGGAAGAUACUCUACGCGGCUGAUGCGAAGGAUUCAUCAUUACCCGAGGCUAAUGAAAUAAUCACCAGGUCACCCGGCAUGUUCUCAGAGGAAGCGGAGUGACAAGUGCCAAGCGGAGUGACAAGCACCACGGGACGCGCCGUACCCCCAAAACCUUUGGUGGAUAACUUUGUGGUUCUCCUAUCAACCCGAGUAGCUCGUAAUGUGUAAAUUAAUAGUAGUAGUAAAUAACGUUUGACAUGGGCAACUGCUUGCGUCCAGUCGCCUCCUGUUAUGCAAUGCGUAUCACAAGACAGUUUUCCUGUAUGAACACGGAUGCGGUUAUAAUGUUAUGGAUAACUUCUUCGUCCUGCCCUGCAAAA